AUGCGAAUCUUAGAAAGGUUCAUCUACAGACCCAAUAUCUACUCGCAGUCUCCAAUCCCAUUUGGCCCAUUCAACUCCUCCACACAAAAACGAUGGAAGAAACCAGCAAACACAGCUCAAACGCGCCUAGAAAACAGAACAAGAGACCUGAAGCUCGACAAGCUCAUGGCUCACCUCCACAAACUCACCCUCAUCCUCGACGUCUACACCCUCAUGUCCACGAGAAAACGAGGACCCUUUGUGUCCGUACAACUGAUGUCUCGCUGGAACCACCUUAUCGGCCUCAAUGUCCCCAUUGGUGCUUUCCUCCGGAAGUACCCCCACAUUUUUGAGGUAUUUACUCAUCCAAUAACGAGGAAUAUAUGCUGUAGAUUUACUUCCAAAUUUAUUGGUGUGAUUCAAGAAGAAGAGAGUAUUGUUGACGAAUUGGAACAUGAAAACGUAAGAACAAUCAAAAGGCUUUUGAUGAUGUCUGUAAAUGGUUCUCUACAUAUUCAUGCAUUGAGGUUGGUUAGAAGAGAAUUGGGUUUGCCUGAAAAUUUCCGAGAAUCUAUAUUGAGAAAGUAUGAUAAUGAAUUUAAGUUAGUUGAUUUGGAAAUAGUGGCAUUGGUCAAUAGAGAUGAGAAUUUGGGUGUGGCUGAGGUGGAAAAGUGGAGAGAGAAAGAGUAUAGAGAGAAAUGGUUGAGUGAGUUUGAGACCAAGUAUGCAUUCCCUAUUGAUUUUCCAACUGGGUUUAGGACCGAAGGUGGGUUUAGAGAGAAAUUGAGGAAUUGGCAAAGACUUCCUUAUGUGAAACCUUAUGAGAAAGUGGAGGUUGUUCGGGUUCGCACUUGUGGAGGGAUUGAGAAGUUUGAGAAGAGGGCUGUGGGAAUUCUUCACGAGUUAUUGAGCUUGAGCGUGGAGAAAAUGGUUGAGGUUGAACGGCUGGCUCAUUUUAGGAGGGAUCUUGGGAUUGAGGUUAAUAUCCGCGAGCUUCUUUUGAAGCACCCUGGGAUAUUUUAUAUAUCAACUAAAGGAAAUACUCAAAUGGUCUUUCUAAGAGAAGCGUACCGUAAAGGGUGUUUGGAUGAGCCAAACCCAAUUUAUGUUGUUCGAAGGAAAAUGGUAGACCUUAUUUUUCUGGGAUCUCGAAAUACUAGAGAAUUAAGAACUCAAAAAGGCAAGGAGGAGACUAAACAAGAAGUACAGUGCAAUGAAAAUGGAGGGGACAGAAGGGAAGGAAUUGCUCCAGGGACAAGCCUAAGUUUUGGGAAGACACUAAUACAAAUCUGCCGACUAAGAGCAAUAAGAUGGAAUAUUAGCCACCCAAGUAAACUGUUUCCUGACAUAUCUAAAAUCAACCCUUUGAGUCCAAAUGCACCCAAUGUCAUUGACUACUCUCUAGAAAAUCUUUGA